AUGAACGCGAAAGACUCUUCAGCUGCCAAGGGCUCCAGCGUCCCGGUGCUACCGCCCAACGUCACUAUCUUCUCUCCAGCGAAGCCUAGCACCGCUGAGGCUCUGCUGAACGGCCGCAUCUUCACCCGACUUACGGCCAACGCCCAGGCCGAGCCCUUGAAGCUCGUAGCAGCGCUAAAGGACGCGUCUCGCCACGCGGUCGACGACACUUUCUGCUUCAGCCACGGCAACGUCGUGCUCAUCUUCGACGCGGAAAGGGACGGCGUGGAUGUGACUGAUGCGCAUCACGAGCACUUCCGUCAGGUCUGCCUGGCGCUGAAGGACGCAGACAUCAGCCUCGAUGUGGCUGGUUGCGUAUUCGAUUCCCCCAGUGCUUUGCAGGCAGGCUUUCAACUGGACACGCUGAGCUCAGGCUCAAUUCUUGUUAUUGACCUGAUGGGAGGAGACGACCAAGACUCCGACGACGACGAUGACGAGGCUGCCGCCGAGAAGCUCUUGAUGAGUGGAGAUUCGGGAGCGACGAUGUCGUGA